AUGCGGACGGAGCCACGGGGUCUUUCAAAUUCUCACCACGUUUCGUUGUCCCGGUCCGUCUGCAUUCAUUCUUCGCUUCAGUUUGUCGAUUUGGUCAUCCAAUCGCUCAUGAUAAGGUUUUCCUCUUCAUUCUCAUCGUGAUAGUUGAGAAAUCUCAUUUUAGACACGGGUUCUUGAACUGCCCGUUGACGUUGAUCCCAGAUCCAGCACCUCAAGGCUUGAUAAAAACGCUCAACGGAUUUGAAAAUGUGAGAUUCGAAGGGUUUUACAAGUUCAUUAUAUUUUUUAGAGUUUCAAGACUUCUUGAGACGAAAAAAAAACAAAGGAGUUUUAGUCUUCAAUUAAGCAUUCUGCUGUUUCUAUUUUUGUCAUCUUUUCCUACUUUCAGAUACGAAAAGAACUCCGCGACCUUUUUCGAUCGAAACACCGAUUGACGGUCAGAGAAGUUGCUGUUUUUUUGUGGGCAGCUCCCCGAUCCGGACUUCUUUCUCCUAUCGUUAGUUUUUUUGGCAUGUUUUUUUCAAAAAAAGGAAAGGAAAAGUAGAAAGUUAAAGUUUCUAAACGAAAAUAAAGUCUAGGAACUCGUAUUCUAACUUUAACUUUGAUGACGUUCUAGUUCUGAUUUUGGACAUUUUUUUUUCAAGAAGUAAUUAAAAAACUUGUUCAGAUGUAGGCAGGAAGCGCCUUUUGUCUAUUUCAAUCAGUAUUAGUGAGCAUUGAGAGGUUCAAAAACUGGAAAAAGGACAAUUUUAACGUCCUUCAAAGCUUAAUGCCACUAAGGCAUAGAUAGAAAUCAAUUUUUGCUUCAUUCAACACAUAGAAAGACUUUGUGAGACUUUUAUCAAUCAUCUCUUACGAUUUUUUUAAAAUCAUCUCUUACGAUCUCUUACGAUUUAAAAAAAACAGUUCGAUGAACGAUUUUGAAGAGGACCUUCUUCUAUUGGUUUCUCUCCGAGAGAAAUAAAUAAAAUUGAAAUUAAUUUUUUUCCAGGGAUUCCGAUCAACGUGUGCGAUGCUCAGGAUUCCACACACGAAUGUUGCGGAUCGCCAUGUGGAGAACUGA